CGGUCUGGUUCUUUUUUAGUUUAACCUGUGGAUCUUUGGCACAAGCAGGCUGACAGCAGCGCUCUUAAUUUUUUACUUGUUACACGACGCAUGGCUCGCUCGCUGGACUGGCAAGAUUUUGAGGAUCUCCACAAUGAUCAUCUUCGCCUCUUUGAAUUUUCGGAGAAGAGACGGGUCGGACACCAUUGCGACGAAAAAGGUUCUUCAACACUCUUCUACUUCUCUUAUUUUUUGCUUUUAUUUUUAUUUUUAUUUUUUUGGAACUACCGGUCAAUCUAUUUCUUACAGGUCAAAAAACGAAUCAAAGAACGAGGAGAAGACAACCAUAUGUUUUAUGUCCGCAGAGCAUCUCCAUCCGAAGCACUGCAGCGAUGGAAACUUGCUAUGGUGGUCAACAAUUCGCAGCUAAGCUUUUCCAGUAUAUAAUCAACCCAUACUUCUCUCUGGAAUGCCAGGGCUUUUCUCUCCAAAGAGGAAAGAAAGAAACCAAGAUCUCUCGAGCUCUCCAUUAGUACACCUUUCAAAGAAGAAAUGGAUCAUAGAAGUUCUUGCAAAACUCUCUUCUGUGAGAUCAUCCUCGUCGCUCUCGCUCUCUUGAUCCUCCCCGCUCGCGCCGCUCAUCACUCCUCCAGUCCCAAAUCGCCCAAGAGGCCCUCCACGUACAAGUUCUUCUGGCACGACACCCUCCAAAACACGACGCAUCCAUGGACGAACACCGCCGCGGAGGUGGCCGGCCCAAACCACAACAUCACCGGCCUGGGAUUCGGCAAAGUCAUCGUCUUCAACGAUUCGCUCACGCUGGCGCCAGCGCUGGAAUCCAAGCUCCUGGGCCGCGGCCAGGGCGUCUACAUCUACGAUCGCACCCAGGCCGGGAUCGCCUUCAACGCGCUGCUCCUCUUCUCGGCGGUGAUCGAGAACGAGGAGUACAAUGGCACGCUCAACUUCAUGGGAGCGGAUCUUAUCCUGGCGCCCAGCAGGGACAUCUCGGUGGUGGGCGGCACUGGCGACUUUGAGAUGGCGCGCGGGAUCGCGAACCUCAUCACGCAUUCCAUCGAUGGCGAUACGUUCAUCGUCAAUGUCACCAGUAGAUUGUACUACCCAAACUAUUGAUUGAUCGAUGCUGCGCACCUGGAUCAUCUUUUUCUUUGUGGACCAACAAUAAGAGAAUUCCGUACGGCUUUACUUGAAGAGAUUGAAAAAGGUGGCAUGGGCCUGGCACUAUACUUUUAAAGUUUGCCUUCUCUCGCAAGAACCCUAUAAUUA